AACUGCUACUAGAAAAGUGAAGGAAGAAAGAGAGAGAAACAUUGAUUUAGAGAGAGAGAGAGAGAGUGUAGCCACCUUGGAGACAGGAAAACAAACUCAAUUUGUUUGGUUUUUCUUUACAUGUUCUGUAAAAUUCCUGUUCUUAAACUUCCAAUGAUUUUUCCAUUAAUUUAGAAGGAAAAAAAACAUUUUUUUUUAAUGUUGGUGUGAUCCAAAACUUGUUCAGUUUCUUGUUUCUCUGACAAUGUUGUUGGAACAAUAGCAUUUAUUCUUCUUCUGUUACUGACACUUGAGUUUGAGAAACCUCUUUUGUUUUUACUUUGGCUGUUGCUUUAACCUUCUUUCAUAAUCAUUCAUGGCUUCAAAAUCCAGAUCUGGUUUAUCUGAAACACUCCCCAACAAAGCAUCAUCUCCAGCUACUCCUAACAAAGCUACUCCAGCAUCAACUCUCAGCAAAGUACCACCAGCAACUCCAAACAAAACAUCACCUGCUACUCCAAGAGUUAGUAAGCUCGGCAGAGGGGUAUCUAAACCGGAAUCUGAGUCGCCUUCACCUUUGCAAACUUCGCGCCUUUCUGCGGAAAAAGCAUCACCACGAUCUUUGAAUUCAAAGCCAAUUGCUGAGAGGAAAUCACCGAGACCUACCACACCAGCUGAUAAGCAUACCCCAAGAGCUGUUGCAAAGAGUUCAGAAUUGCAGACACAGUUGAAUGUCGCUCAAGAAGACCUAAAGAAAGCAAAGGAACAGCUGAUUCAGGCUGAGAAAGAGAAGGAAAAAGCUAUAAAUGAGCUGAAAGAAGCACAAAGAUUGUCUGAGGAAGCAAAUGAGAAACUUAGGGAGGCAAUGGUGGCUCAAAAGCGUGCUGAAGAUGAUUCUGAGAUUGAGAAGUUCCGAGCUGUUGAGCUGGAACAGGCUGGAAUUGAAGCUGCUCAGAAGAAGGAAGAAGAAUGGCAGAGAGAGCUUGAAAGUGUGAGGAACCAGCAUGCUUUGGAUGUGUCUGCUCUUCUCGCCACCACUAACGAGCUUCAGCGAGUUAAGCAAGAACUUGUUAUGACUUGUGAUGCAAAGAACCAGGCACUGAGUCAUGCCGAUGAUGCAACUAAAAUUGCCGAGCUUCAUGUAGAGAAAGUGGAGAUUCUUUCGGCUGAACUGAUACGUUUGAAGGGCUUACUAGAUUCAAAGCUGGAAACCGAGGCUAGUGAAAACAAUACUGUAUUGGAGCUGCAAACAGAGAUAGAAGCUCUUAAGCACGAACUUGAAAAGGCAAAGGGUUACGAUGAAAAGUUGGCAGAGAAAGAGACUUUGAUUGAACAACUUAAUGUGGAGUCUGAAGCUGCUAAGAUGGCUGAAUCUUAUGCGCGUAGUGUGCUGGAUGAGUGCAGAAAAAAGGUUGAGGAAUUAGAAAUGAAGGUUGAAGAAGCAAAUCAGUUAGAGAGAUCUGCGUCAUUGUCCUUGGAAACUGCAACGAAACAGCUAGAAGGAAAAAACGAACUGCUGCAUGAUGCAGAAUCUGAAAUUUCUAGUCUUAAAGAGAAAUUGGGAAUGUUGGAAAUGACAGUUGGGAGGCAAAGAGGAGAUCUUGAGGAUGCAGAGCGUUGUCUUCUUGCGGCCAAGGAAGAAAAUAUUGAAAUGUCGAAGAAGAUUGAAUCUCUCGAGUCAGAGAUUGAGACAGUUAGUAAAGAGAAGGCUCAAGCUUUGAACAAUGAAAAACUUUCAGCUUCAAGUGUGCAAACCCUAUUAGAAGAGAAAAACAAACUUAUCAAUGAAUUGGAGAUUUGUAGAGAUGAAGAAGAAAAGACCAAAUUGGCAAUGGAUAGCUUAGCUUCUGCGUUACAUGAAGUAUCCGCAGAAGCUAGAGAUACCAAAGAAAAACUAUUAGCCAACCAAGCUGAACACGAAAGCUAUGAGACUCAGAUUGAAGAUUUAAAGUCGGAUUUAGAAGCUAGCAAAGAAAAAUACGAGUCCAUGCUUAAUGAUGCACAUCAUGAGAUUGAAGAUUUAAAGUCGGAUUUAGAAGCUAGCAAAGAAAAAUACGAGUCCAUGCUUAAUGAUGCACAUCAUGAGAUUGAUGUUCUUACAUCUAGUAUUGAAAAUUCUAAGAUGGAUAUUUUGAACUCCAAGGCAGAGUGGGAGCAGAAAGAACACGAUCUUGUCGAGUGCAUAAAGAGAACUGAAGAAGAAAACUCGUCGUUGGGAAAUGAAGUAAAUAGGUUGAUUUCUUUACUGAAAAAAACCGAGGAAGAAGCCAAUGUGAAAAGAGAGGAAGAAACUCAACUGAAGGAGAAUAUGAAGGAAGUUGAAGCUGAGGUGAUCCACCUGCAGGAAGCACUUAAAGAAGCACAAGCUGAGAGCAUGAAGUUGAAGGAGAGUUUAUUGGAUAAAGAAAACGAGUUUCAGAAUAUUUUUCAAGAAAACGAGGACCUCCGAUCAAGGGAAUCAGCUACCAUCAAGAAGGUGGAGGAGUUAUCUAAGUCGCUCGAAGAAGCUACAACACGAAACACAAAUGAGGAAAAUGGUGAUCUUUCUGAUAGCGAGAAGGACUACGAUUUGCUUCCUAAAGUAGUAGAAUUCUCAGAAGAGAAUGGUCAUGGAGGAGAAGGCGGCAUAUUUAAGGAAGAGCUUUCGGUUUCGGCCAAAGAAGAAAACAUUGUUUUGGACGACAAGUUUGAAAAAACAGAAUCUCCAAAACCUGAGAAUGUGAAUGGAAAACUGAAGGAAGAAGAUGAGAGGAAGGAAAAAGAUGAUUCUGUUGAAUUGAAAAUGUGGGAGAGCUGCAAGAUAGAGAAAAAAGAGUUUUCGCCAGAGAAAGGAGCAGAACCAGAAGAAUCCUUUGAAGAGGAAGUUGAAUCAAAGACAGAUGGUGGUGAGACAAAUGGAGCAUCUGUGACAGAGAACAUUGGUGAUGGUGGAAGCUCACCAACAAAGGAACAAGUGAUCAAGAAGAAGAAGAAGCCUUUGCUUGGCAAGUUUGGAAGCCUGUUGAAGAAAAAGAGUGGUAGCAAUAGCAACCACAAAUAGAACAAUACUUUGCUUUUGAUGGUAUAUUUGAACAUUAAAGUGUUUGCAUGUAUUUUGGUUUAUUGUGAUUUUUUGCUUCUUGGAAUAGGUUUUUAAAGAAUGAAGAGGCUUGUAAUAUUGUUUAGGAUUCUUUCUCUGAUCACUUCUUUUGAGUUGCACACUUUUGCAUGUUGGCUGUGAAUUGAAUGUGAUGAUGGAAUUCUAAUUUUUUGUUUUCCACUUUA